GUUACCAUAGAGGCGGGCCGGAGCAGCGAGGCGGGGGGGCAGAGCGGCGGCGGGCGGAGUUCCGCCGCGAUGGCGGCCAUGGCGGCGGCAGAGGAGGAGGAGUACGAGGCGGUGCUGUGCGUGAAGCCGGCGGUACACGUCUACCGGGUGCCGCCGCGGGCCUCCAACCGCGGUUACAGAGCUGCAGAGUGGCAGCUGGACCAGCCAGCAUGGAGCGGCAGGCUACGGAUCACCGCCAAGGGCAAGAUCGCGUACAUCAAGCUAGAAGACAAGACCUCAGGAGAACUUUUUGCCCAGGCGCCCGUGGAGCAGUUCCCUGGCAUCGCUGUGGAGAGCGUGACGGACUCCAGCAGAUAUUUUGUCAUCCGGAUUGAAGAUGGGAACGGCCGCCGAGCUUUCAUCGGAGUCGGCUUUGUCGACCGAGGGGAUGCUUUUGACUUCAACGUGGCUCUCCAAGACCAUUUCAAGUGGGUGAGGCAGCAGAGCGAGCUGGCCAAACAGGCCGAGAACCCCGAUCAGGGACCCAAACUGGAUCUGGGCUUCAAGGAGGGGCAAACCAUCAAACUCAACAUCGCGAAUAUGAAGAAAAAGGAAGGAACAACAGGGAACACCAGACCGCGUCCUGCAGGUCUUGGGGGCCUGAGCUUGCUCCCACCACCUCCCGGAGGAAAAUCUUCCGCGUCGGUUUGUCCUUCCGGAGAGCGGCCGUCUUCGCUCUCCACACCCGCCCACCUCCCGGGUACCCCCAUCACAGACUCCCUCUUGGCCUGGCCGCAGCCCGCUGCUGCCCCCUCUGCUGCCGCUGCCGCCGAUGUCUGGGGAGACUUUGCCAAAGCUUCGGGGUCGGCUUCUAACCAGGCUCAGGCGAACGCAGGUUGGGUUCAGUUCUGAGCCCGGCCCCUCGUCCCUUCUUCCCCCGCGCGCGGGUGCUGGGAUCGUCACCAUUCCUUCAGGACCAAAGCAGGGGCUUCGGCACACCCAGCUCCUUAAAUAUACCCCCCCCCCCCGGCCCACCCCCGGCGUCGAAACGCUGAAACAAAUGCCGGAGAGCAAAGGAACACGUGCCUUAAAACACUCCAUGCCAGCGCCCUCCGCCUUGGGGGGGCCUUGUAUAUUUUUACCUGGAUCGCAGCGAACCUCCGAGGCUUCUCCUUUCUGCAAAAAAAAAAAAAAAAAAAAAGAAAAAAGAAAAAAAGCCGUCAGCUUCGUCACCUCUCCUUAAUUAACGAGAGGGCGAGCGAGCGCUCGGAGCAGGGGGGAAACUCUGCCUUAAUUAAGGUAAUUUUGGCGAAAGGUUUGUGGGACGGAGCCUCCUGGGAGCUUUUCUCCUCGCGUAUUUGGGCUGGAUGAAUCCUUCCCUCGGCGGGGAGCGUCCUGCGGGAGACACCUCGCCUGCGGAUUCCGGACGAACCAGCUGCCGAGGCUUCACCCCACUUAUUUUCUGAGCGCUUCUCUCUGCGAUGCGGGAUUAGGGGGGGGGGACGGGGACGGAGCCGGACCGCUGCGUUUUGAUGCUGAAAUUCCUUAUUUUCUUGCUCCGGGAAGAUUAUUUUUUCACCUCUAUUUUGAAAAGAGAGAUUUUUAUUAAUAUUUUUUUUUUUCUCUUUUUUUUUUUUUUUACUUCUUUCUGCGGACAUUUUAUGACGCGAUAUACGCAAUGAAGGACGGAACGGAGUCGGUCUCUUUGACAGAGCUGGGGCUGAGAUUCCUCUUUAAACAAAUAAAUAUUUUCUUACCUAUUUAUAUUAAGGCUUUUCAGUCUACAAAGUCCCGCUUUAUAUUUUUUAUUUUUUUUUUUUUUCCAGCGCCUCGGGGUUUGUUUUUUUUUUUUUUUUUUUUAUUAUUUCUAUUUCCAACUGGAUGACCAGCAUUUUGGUUUCGGGGCUUCACUUCGCCU